CGGCGCUGUGGUCAAGGCAAACUUAGGAAAUAGGAAAUAGCCUAGUUUCAUUUACUGCAUGUAGAAGACAAUACACCCAAUACACACAACAAUGGCUAUCGACGCAGAGUUACGCGAUGUUUCGUCUAAAAAUGUCGGUAUAAUCAUAGCUGUCAUAUCAAGUUUCAUCAAUGGGUCGACGUUUGUGCUACAGAAAAAGGGAAUACUACGGUCCCGCAAAAGAGGAGGCUCGUACCUUGCAGAUGCGGUGUGGUGGAGCGGCACACUCAGCAUGAUUAUUGGCCAAAUUGGAAAUUUCUUGGCGUACAACGCGGCCCCAGCUGUGAUAGUUACACCACUAGGAGCCCUUGGAGUGUUAUUUGGGGCCGUCUUGGCUUCGUGGAUCCUGGAAGAGCAUUUAAAUAUCCUGGGGAAGCUCGGCUGUGUGUUAUGCUGCUGCGGCUCCAUCGUGCUCAUUAUUCACGCCCCUAAAGCAGAGGCGACUACACGGCUGGAACUGGAGGAGAGGCUAUUGGACCCAGUGUUUUUAAGUUACGCCCUCUUGGUGGUGCUGACGCUGAUCACUCUGAUCGUGUGGAUUGCUCCGGCUCACGGCACAUCGAACAUCAUGGUGUAUGUAGCCAUUUGCUCCCUCCUGGGAAACUUCACCGUUCCAAGCAGCAAAGGGCUCGGCCUGGUGGCCCCGGACGUGUUUGGCGAAGGGCCGUCGAGCAGCAGAGCCCUGGCGCUCUUCCUCGGCCUGCUGGGGACGCUGGCUGUCAGCAUCCUGAUCCAGUUCUUCUUCAUCAAUAAGGCCCUCGAGUGUUUCAGCUCCAACAUAUUCGAAGCAAUAUACUACGUGGCGUUCACAUCCACUGUGAUCCUCGCCUCUGGUCUUCUCUUCAAGGAGUGGACUGCGCUAACUUUAACUGACAGCCUUGCCAUGCUUUGUGGUUUAACAAUAGUGUGUGUAGGGGUAAUUUUACUCCGCAUUUCCCAAGAGGCUUUGAUUUCUUGGAAGAAGAAGGGGGCACAGAAAAAGACCGACUGAUUAUUAUGUGACUUUUGGACCACGGUACUUUCUUUUAACGCAGACACGGUACUUGAUUUGUAUUGUACUACCUCCAGCUAAAAUGGCCAAAGUACUUUUAACAAGUGCCACUUAACUUGAAUUUCUUUGCAGUAACAAAAAUCAUUUCAUGGAAACGCGCAGUACUGUUGUUGUUAUGCUUGGUUCUCGAUCAUUCCUGCUUAAAUCUUGAAUACUUGUGAAUACUGCCAUGAUUUUAGAACGUGUGUUUCAUUCCAGGGAACUUUUAACACGAAACAUAGCCCAGAGACAGUUGACACGUCAACGCCACGUUGAUGGUUUCAAAAAACUCUCGCAUUCUUCUCGUGCGCUGCCCUCAGGGCGUUAAUAUGAGCCUUAAUGGUUCUCCCUUUGUCCCUGUGCCAGACAGUGUUAGUCUAGAAUCACCUACGCUUUGACUUAUUCAGUGCCUGUGAAUUAUUCAGGGUAAUUUCAGGAUCCGUCUCCGUCUUUAGAGUUGUAUUGAAAAUGAGUAUCCAAGGCAACUGGUUUGCCAGAUGGAGGGAUUUAUAAAACUUGAUUUCAAACAUAUUCCACUUAUUGCGUGACCAUCAGCAGUUUUGCUGUGUUAUUAUCAUGUGGAAAUAUGUUAUAAAACUGUAAUAUGUGACAAUAUUUGUACUGUAGAUUAUUUUCAUUAUGAUGUCAUCCAUUAGGAAGGUAUUAUGUUUACAAACUCUAUGAGAGACUUUUUUUUUUUUUUAAAUGGUCUGAGCUCAGAGUUUAAUAUGCAUUCAGUAUUUUGAAUCUGAAAUGGAAACUACUAUCUUCUCCUUCCCAGUGACACCUGCUGAUGUUACACAUUAGAAAACAGGUCUGCACAAGUGUCACUUUCAGUUGAUUUUGUAAAAUGUGACUUUCAUGCUGUCAUUAAACUAAUUUCCCA